AUAUAUAUAUGUUUUAUUUUCUUCUUCCUAAAGCGUUUCCUGUUGGCACUGAUAUCUGGAGAUCUCUGACUGUGCCAGACACUGUUGUAAUACUAAUAUAAUAAAUAAUAAUGAAUAAAAAGCCUCGUGCCGAGUCUGUACCGGCGGACUUCUUCCUCUCGGUGUUUCUGAUCUGGUUAUAAACGCUGCUGCAGACACGCCGGCGCCCCCUGCUGGAAACUCUCAGCUGCGGCGCUGCGCACGAAUCUGCUGACGUUCACCGACGGUUUCAUUUUAAUUACGUUUAUGUGAAUUAUUACCAACAUUUAUUAGUUUUAGAAGCUGAAGCACGUGAUUUACGGAGGACUGUUUGUAUUGUUUAGCUGAGAGUUCAGUUUUAAUCCGUUUCCUCGUGUUUCGAGCCGAAUCAGCGAACCCGGAUCAGGUUCAGGUGAAACCGGGUCCACGUGUUUGACUCUGACGGCCUCACGUCGGAUCCGGUAAACGGUCCGUCCGGAGACUGAAGGAGGACGAAGAUGUUGUGGCUCAGGUGCAUUGUGGGUGAUCUGCGUGGAGGAGGAAGACUCCUGAGAGGUCUUCCUCACGCCGCCCGCCCCCUGCUGACCUCAGAGAGUCAGCGGGUCAGACCGCCUCAUCGCGGCGGCCUUCCUCAGAGGCGUUUCCUGUCUGGGGGCCAGGACUCGUCCUCCGCCCGUCUGAAGCUGAGGACGCGCCUGGGGGUGACGCUGCUGUUCGGCGGCGGCCUGCUGGCCACGUGGGGCUUCGUGUACUCGGAGAAGCAGCAGCAGCGGCGACGGCAGCGCGUGGAGCAGCUGCGGCGGGUGGCGCUGGGUCAGGGCGACUUCAGCCUCCUGGACCACAGCGGGCGGCGCCGCACCAAGAAGGACUUCCUGGGCAGCUGGGUGCUGCUGUACUUCGGCUUCACGCACUGUCCCGACAUCUGUCCCGACGAGCUGGACAAGCUGAGCGCCGCGGUGUCGGCGUUGGACCGGGACGCCUCGCUGCCGCCCGUCCAGCCCGUCUUCAUCACCGUGGACCCGGAGCGGGACGACGUGCCGGCGCUGGCCCGCUACGUCAAAGACUUCCACCCCCGUCUGAUCGGACUGACGGGGACCCCGGAGGAGGUGAAACACGCGGGGCGGGACUACAGAGUGUACGCCAGCGCCGGGCCCAAGGACGAGGACGGGGACUACAUCGUGGAUCACAGCAUCCUGAUCUACCUGGUCAGUCCGGACGGGCUCUUCCUGGACUACUACAACCGCAUGAAGAGCGAGGAGCAGAUCGCCGAGAGCGUCCGGAACCACAUCACCAGCUACGUCCCGCUGGGAGGCACCUGAACGCAGCGCGGACACCACAGACUGAACGCGAACGCCUCGGCUCGCUGUCCUCGCCGGGCGGACGCUCUAAACACGUUCAUGUGCGGUUCGGCGGGAAGAACUCUGUUUCUGUCACAGUGGAGCUGAACCGAGCCGGUGAUUCAUCGAGUCGUCCGUCAGCAGCUGCUUUGAUAAAGUCACGCGUGGCGUCCUGUCUCUGAUGUCCCUUUAAUACGUUCACAUGUCAGAGUUUAGACUACCGAGAACCAAGACAACAAAUAACUUUGUUAAUUCAUCAGAAUUUGUUUUUGCCUCUACUGAUGACAGAGAGCCUAAGCCCCGCCCCCUUCUGCUGGACCGCCGUGGGAGUCCGAACGUCUCCGAGUCUUUUGGGUUUUGAACUCUUGUCUUAUUGGAACUCUUUAAAGUUGAGACUCCUGGUUACUGGAGCCUCUCUGAUCCAGGUCCUGGUUCUGAUCCAGAACCUGCUGCUGCCUGUCUUUCCAAAAUAAAAGUGUGUGUUUGUA